AUGGUACAUUUGAUUCAGAUCCGGUGGUACGAAGCGCUGGCCCUCUUCAUCAUCUACAUUUCCUACUGCGUAUUUAUGAAAUAUAACGAAGCAAUCGAAGAUUGUGUAAAAUAUUACUUAGGCGGUAAGCCAAACGAAGUGGACGUCGCUAAGGAUGUGUCAGCGCUAAAGAAAAUUAGCGCAAUUCGAUAUGACGUUGAUGGCGUGACUGCGCUUCAGCCGACGAGGCGGGAUUCGACGACCCGUGAAGAUCAGGAAUAUGCGCCGAUUACAGGCCGCGUCGAUUCAGUCGCAAUCAGCCGUCGGCGUGCCAGCUCCCUCCGUCGCCAGUCGAUCCCGAUCCUGCACAGCGGCGCGAUCUUCCGGAACGGCAUUAUCCAGCUGAUGACUCAAGGUCUUGAUCCCUUAGACGAAGGCGCCAGUGAAGGCAUGUCUAUCCGUAACACACCUUUCCUUUUCACGCUUACAUUUUCAUGUGCUUUCCGCAAGUAA